CUUUCGCAAAAAAUAUAUUGUUUCAAUCCAGUAACCAAAAUAAUUACUUAUACGUACUUAAAAUGUGGCCCAGUUGGUGUCGCAGUUCCAAUGGCUGGAAAAAAAAAUACACUAAUUGCCGGUUGUGGAACCUAUUUAGUCAGCGUGUCUUGGGAUCCUAGUGCCGAUGAUCCAGAUCCUAAGAUUGAUUAUAUUACCAAAAUUGAUAUCGGUGUCAGAGACUCUAGAUUUAAUGAUGGAAAGGUCGACCCACAAGGCCGACUUUGGGCAGGGACGAUGGGGGAGAAAAAUGGCGUCCCGCUCCAAGGCAGAGGUUCUUUGUACAGAUUUGAGCACGAUGGUACCGCAACAAAAAUGAUAAGUUCAGUAGAUAUUAGCAACGGUCUCGUCUGGAGUCAUACCAACGAUUCGUUUUAUUAUAUAGACAGUUUUGCAUACAAGAUAGUCGUUUACAGAUACAAUGACUACACCGGAGACAUUGCUAACAAGUGUUCGUUGUUCGACUUCAAAGAGAACAAAAUAUCUGGUAUUCCUGAUGGUAUGACAAUCGACAAAGCGGGGAAUCUUUGGGUGGCUAAUCAUAGUGGGGGAUUGGUACUUCAAAUUGAUUCUAAGACCGGUGCGUUGUUACAAUCUAUUAAAAUACCGGUAUCUCUAGUGACCAGUGUCGCUUUUGGAGGCCCAAAUAAAGAUAUUCUUUACAUAACCAGCGCUCGUGAUAAAUUAAGUGAAACUCAAUUGCAGAAAGAACCUCUUGCAGGCUCAGUGUUUGCUCUUUACGGCCUUGGUAUCACUGGAUCUUCAAUGCUCCCCUUGAGAACGAGUUCUAAGCAAAUAAAAAUUGAAGCAAUUGGCGGGCCCUACAGUCUUUCCGAAGGCCCUCAUUGGGAUGAAGAAAGAAAUCUUCUUUACUACGUUGAUAUUCCUGAGCAAAAAAUUUACUGCUGGAAUCCAACAACUAAAAAAAUUACUCACGCGUAUUUAAAAAAUGGCCCAGUUGGUGUCGCAGUUCCUGUAGUUGGGGAAAACAACACAUUUAUUGUAGGAUGUGGAACAAGUUUAGUCAGAGUAACUUGGGACCCCAGUACUGAUAACACCGAUCCUGAAGUCAAGACUCUUGCGACAGUCGACUCGUCCCGCGAUGAUAUAAGAAUCAAUGAUGGAAAAGUCGACCCCAGAGGCCGAUUCUGGGCGGGAACAAUGGGCGAGAAAAAUAAUGUCAUCACUCCCGAGAAAGGUUCUUUGUACAGAUUCUCGUUUGAUGCAACUCCGACAAAAUUAAUCAGCCCGGUGAGUAUUAGCAACGGGCUGGCUUGGAGUCAUAGCAAGGAUUCUUUCUAUUACAUCGACAGUCCUACGCUUGAAGUCGUUGCCUUCGAUUACAAUGACGAUUCCGGAGACAUCUCAAAUAAACGUACGGUGUUCAACCUCAAGGACAAUAAAAUUACCGGUUUUCCUGACGGGAUGACGAUCGACAAAGCUGGCAAUCUUUGGGUCGCUGUUUACGACGGCGGAAAGGUGCUUCAAAUUGAUCCUCGAACCGGAAGGUUAUUGCAAACCAUCAGCAUGCCGGCUACUAAAAUAACCAGUGUCGCUUUUGGUGGUCCGAAUAAAGACAUUCUUUAUGUAACCAGCGCCAAGAAUGGACUGACUGAUGCUGAACUCAAGGAUCAGCCUCUUGCAGGUUCAGUUUUCGCUGUUCACGGUCUUGGUAUUGCCGGAAAUACGAUGCUUGCUGCCAAAAUAAAAUAAAUUUUAAAU